AUGAAGGCAGUGGCAUCCAGAGGCACAGAAGAUGACGUGGUUGCCUUCCAUGAAUACCUAGCUUUGCAUAACCGUCAUCCACGAGAGACCAUCCAUCUAUCAUUCUUCAUUUACAUCUAUCUGACUGACAAUCUUUCUUCUUCUUCCCCGAUCAUACUUUCUAAUAUAUAUUACAGGCGUUUUCUAUCUAUCUAUAUAUUUAUUUCAGUCUUUUCUUAUCUGUCUGUCCCAGUCUUUUCCGUUUACAUUUCUAACUUAGUCUUUCGUUAUCUUUCAAUCUACCGUAGUUUUUUGAAUUUUUUUUUUAUAUCUAUCUAUGGUAGUUUUUUUUUAUAUCUAUCUAUGGUAGGGGCUUUUUUAUAUCUAUCUAUGGUAGGGUUUUUUUUAUAUCUAUCUAUGGUAGGGGCUUUUUUAUAUCUAUCUAUGGGGCUUUUUUAUCUAUCUAUCUAUCUAUCUAUCUAUCUAUCUAUCGUAGGGUUAAUUUUAUCUAUCUAUCUAUCUAUCGUAGGGUUAAUUUUAUCUAUCUAUCUAUCUAUCGUAGGGUUAAUUUUAUCUAUCUAUCUAUCUAUCGUAGGGUUAAUUUUAUCUAUCUAUCUAUCUAUCUAUCUAUCUAUCGUAGCGUUAAUUUUAUCUAUCUAUCUAUCUAUUUAUCUAUCUAUCUAUCUAUCUAUCUAUCGUAGCGUUAAUUUUAUCUAUCUAUCUAUCUAUCUAUCUAUCUAUCUAUCCGUUAAUUUUAUCUAUCUAUCUAUUGUAGGGUUAAUUUUAUCUAUCUAUCUAUCUAUCUAUCGUAGGGUUAAUUUUAUCAAUCUAUCUAUCGUUUUUUUUUUAUCUAUCUAUCUAUCUAUCGGUUUUUUUAUCUAUCUAUCUAUCGUAGGGUUUUUUUAUCUAUCUAUCUAUCGUAGGGGUUUUUUUUAUCUAUCUAUCUAUCUAUCUAUCUAUCUAUCUAUCUAUCGUGUUUCUUUUAUCUAUCUAUCUAUCGUAGGUUGUUUUUUUUAUCUAUCUGUGUUUUUUUAUCUAUCUAUCUAUCUGUGUUUUUUAUCUAUCUGUGUUUUUUUUUAUCUAUCUAUCUGUGUUUUUUUUAUCUAUCUAUCUGUGUUUUUUUUAUCUAUCUAUCUCUGUUUUUUUUAUCUAUCGUGUUUUUUUUAUCUAUCUAUCGUGUUUUUUUUAUCUAUCUAUCGUGUUUUUUAUCUAUCUAUCGUGUUUUUUAUCUAUCUAUCGUGUUUUUUAUCUAUCUAUCGUGUUUUUUAUCUAUCUAUCGUGUUUUUUAUCUAUCUAUCUAGCUAUCGUGUUUUUUAUCUAUCUAUCUAUCUAUCUAUCGUGUUUUUUAUCUAUCUAUCUAUCUAUCGUGUUUUUUAUCUAUCUAUCUAUCGUGUUUUUUAUCGUGUUUUUUUAUCUAUCUAUCGUGUUUUUUUUAUCUAUCUAUCUAUCUAUCUAUCUAUCUAUCUAUCGUGUUUUUUUUAUCUAUCGUGUUUUUUUUUAUCUGCCCAUCUAUCUAUUGUAGUUUUUUUUUUUAUCUAUCUGCUGUAG